GUGUUCUUCGUCUCUACAACUCUUCUUCUACCAAAAUACAUACACUUUCUCUCUCUAAAAACUUCUCAUUACUCACAAAUCACUAUACGAAAAGGCUGUUUUAGAGAGAGAAAAUGUCUUACUCAAAAAUGAUCGUAGUCGCUUUCAUGUUCGCUUUGGUCACAGGAUCUGCUUUUGCUCAAGCUCCGGGAGCAUCUCCGGUAGCUUCACCAAAGGCAUCUCCGGUGCCGGUUGCAAGUCCUCCGACUGCUGUUGUUACACCAGUAUCUGCUCCUUCAGUAUCUCCUACUGCUAGUUCACCUACUGUUUCUCCAGUUUCAUCGCCACCAGCUCCACCAACCGUUGACACUCCGGCGUCUUCUCCUUCCGCCGGCGGUGCUAGUCCUCCAUCCAUCGGAGCUACUCCAAACGGUUCUCCAACUGAUUCUCCUAAUUCUGCUUCGUUGAACAGAGUCGCCGUUGCCGGAUCUGCUGUUGUAGCGAUCUUCGCUGCAUCUUUGAUGUUUUAGAUCUGAGGAAAUAUUUGCAUUUGGAUUUGCCGGAGAGAGAUGUUUAUGAUUUUAGGAUUUUAUUUUUAGUUUCAUCUUACUCGUUGAUGUUUAUUAUUCCUUUUGCUUAUUUUUUACUUUUACCCGUGGGUGGUGAUUGAUGACGACGACUGCGUACAUGCUAUUGAUUUGAUUUGAUUUUUACUAUGGUUAUUGUUUAUUAUUGUCACCACUGUCAUUACUAUUAUGGAUUCUUUGUUUAUUUAUGAUGCAUUAUGAUUUUUACUC